AUGGCCAAGUGGCUACGAGACUACCUGAGCUUUGGCGGUCGGAGGCCCCCUCCGCAGCCGCCCACCCCCGACUACACGGACGGUGACAUCCUGCGGGCCUACCGGGAGCAGAGAGAUCUGGACUUUGAGGACCCCUAUGAGGGUGCAGACGGCCGCCUAGAGACCGACUCCGCGGGGCCCGGGGGCUCCAAGGGCGACUCUCCAAAGCACCGGCUCAUCAAGGUGGAGGCGGUCGACAUGGCCAGAGCCAAGGUCUUGCUGGGCAGCCCCCGGGAAGAGUUGGAGGUCGACACCGAGUACUCGGACCCCUUUGAUGCCCAACCUCACCCGUCACCCCCGGAUGAUGGCUACAUGGAGCCCUACGAUGCCCAGCGAGUCAUGAGCGAACUGCCAUACAGGAGGGUGCAGCUGUAUGACACUCCCUAUGAGGAGCAGGACCAAGAUCUGGGAGAUGGACCUCCUUCAGGGUGGAAACCUCGGCAGAGCCGGCUGCCCCAGGAGGAUGAACGGCCGGCGGACGAAUAUGACCAGCCCUGGGAGUGGAAGAAAGACCACAUCUCCAAGGCGUUUGCAGUGCAGUUUGACGGUCCGGAGUGGGAAAGAACCUCAGGCUCGGCCAAGGAACUCCGGAGACUCCCGCCCAGAAGCCCCCAGCCUGCAGAGCGCGUGGACCCGGCCCUGCCUCUGGAAAAACAGCCGUGGUUUCACGGCCCGCUGAGCCGGGCAGAUGCCGAGAACCUCCUGUCGCUCUGCAAGGAAGGCAGCUACCUCGUGCGGCUCAGCGAGACCAGCCCCCAAGACUGCUCCCUAUCCCUCAGGAGCAGCCAGGGCUUCCUGCAUCUGAAGUUUGCUCGUAUCCGGGAGAACCAGUUCGUGCUGGGUCAGCACAGCGGCCCCUUCCCCAGCGUCCCGGAGCUGGUGCUCCAUUAUAGCUCCCGCCCACUGCCCGUGCAGGGCGCUGAGCAUCUGGCCCUGCUGUACCCCGUGGUCUCACAGACCCCCUGA